AUGCAGGGCGUGCUCACGCCCGAGGGACGGUGGUCCCUCGUCGCCGAGCGUCGCACCUCCCACCCCUUCAAUCCCGAGACCCCCAGUACCUGCGUGAUCUGCCACCUACCCGACAGGAAGGCCCCUGUGGCCGUCUUCAACCUUCCCAGGGCCCUCUUCCUCUGCGCGCUCUCCCCCGGCGCGGGCAGCGACUCGCGGCUGGUAGAGGUGCGGGGUACGGGCCCCGGCCCAGCCACCGCCAGCCCCACCUGCGUCGCCUUCACUCCGGAGGCCCAGGACGGCCUGGACCUGCUGGUGGGGAUGGCCAGCGGGGAGGUGCUGCUCCUGUCCCUGGCAGGGUGCCUGGCCCAGCCCAAUGGCGGCAAGCCCGUCCCCGCUGCCAUCUACAAUGAGGCCGGGGUGGACACGCCCGCGCGCGCGGUGUCGGUGCAGUGGAUCCCGGGGACGAACGGCGGCUCCUUCAUAGCCACCCACGCCGACGGGGCCUUCCAUGCCUAUCAUCGGAUCCUGGGGCAGAGCUCUGACAAGUGGCUGCUGCACAGGACCAAUAGCGAGGUGGAGCCCCUGAAGAUGGUCCCCCAUCGGACCAUGUCUGCGUUGUCACGGGGGUGCAGCGUCAUCGCUGCCAUGUCGCCGGCGGGGGACGCGGUGGCGCUGGCGGGAAGGGACGGAAGACUGGCCAUUCAUGCCUACCCCACAGGAGCCUGCAUCGGCGGCUUCAAGAGCUAUUACGGCGGCCUUACCUGCGUGGCCUGGAGCGCAGACGGGUAUCUGGUGGCGGCAGGGGGAGAGGACGACCUCAUCACCGUCUACAGCCUCGUCAGCAAGGCGGUGGCUGCGCGCGCCAGCGCCAGCUACCGCCUGGCCUCCGUGGGGCAGGACUGCCAGCUGUUGCUCUGGGAGGUCUCCGCGCCGGCGGUCAGGGCGGCGACCAGGACGCACAGCGUGCGCAGCUGGAGGGGGGUGAAGUCACUAGACCCGGGCAGCUUUGCUGCCCUGCGCCGGGGGGACAUGCCCCUGGUGGGGCCUCUGGUGCAGCAGAGGAUGACUGCGGACCCGCUCAGCUCCGUUACCGUGUCUGAGCAGGAUGUCCUGCUUUCCUCCUACGGAGGCGGAAUUCUGCGGCUCUGUCGCGCCGGCAGGACCCAGUGA